AAUGGCCAGCCGUCAACACCCACAGACCCUCUCUGACUGCUCUUUGUGUCACAGACAAUUAACUAAUAUCGGUUCUGUUCCCUGUGGGCACAAUAUCUGCCAGACCUGCUCUGACAGCUUUCUCAGUGAGUAUGAGCGCACAGGCACAUACAGCUGCACCCAGUGUUUACAAACUUUCUUCACAAGGCCUGAUCAGGAUGGGCAAGUUAAUAAAAUAGCAGACAAACUGAGCAGGACUGAUCUCAAUGGAGAAACCCUGGCUAACAGUCAUGCUGGACCUGGGGACAUGGCCUGUGACAUCUGCACUGGCAGCAAAUACAAGGCAGUUAAGUCCUGUCUGGUUUGUUUGGACUCUUACUGCGACACACAUCUCGGGCUGCACAACGAUCUGCACAGGAGGGCCGCACACACACUGAUCGAUGCAUCUGAUCAGCUGCAGGGCAUGACAUGCUCCGUACACGACAAAGUGCUGGAGAUUUACUGCCGUACCGAGCAGAGGUGCAUCUGCUGUAAGUGCAUGCUGGAUGGUCACAAAGGCCACGACACAGUGUCAGUUUCCGCAGGGCGAGCAGAAAGGGAGGAGGAGUUAAGAAGGUCCAAGCAGCUGAUCACAAAACGAGAGAAGCAGCUAAAGGAGCUAAAGUCAGCAAAAAUCACUCUCAGGGAAAUGUGUCUAGCUGUGGAGGAGGAGAGUGAGCGUCUCCUCGCUGAGCUGAUUGACUGUAUGCAAAGCAGCCAGGCUGAGUUGAAGGUGCAGGUCCACACUCUGGAGAGAACCGAGCUGAGCGGUGUCGAGCGGCUGCAGAUGCUGGUGGAGAGAGAGAUAGCUGAACUGAAUGAGAGAGAUGCUCAGAUAGAGCUGCUCUCUCAAACGCACAAUGACAUCCACUUCCUGCAGUCACUGCAGUCCCUCAGUCUAACAUCUGUAGACGUCACAGACAUGGCCGUUAAUCUUCAGUUCUCGUUUGGAGGGGUGGUCACGUCCAUCUCUGCACUCAAGAUGAAGAUAGAAAACAUUUGGCGGGAGGAAAUCGAGAAAAUUGCAGCAGCAGUGAAAUCAGACAAGAUUAUAGUUCCUUCAGAACCAAAGACUAGAGAGGACUUCCUGCAGUAUCUGGUCCCGCUGUCUCUUAACCCCGACACUGCCCACUCAAACCUGGCUCUGAAUGAGGAGAAGUGAGCCGUGGCGUGCAGCACAGAGUGCCAGCCUUACCCAGAUCACCCUGAUCGCUUUGACUGGUGGGCUCAGGUUCUGUGCCGUGAACCUCUCACUUCACGCUGCUACUGGGAGGCGCAGUGGACUGGUUUGUUUGGAGUGGACGUUGCAGUUUCAUACAGUGACAUCGGCAGGAAAGGAGAGGGAGACGAGUGUGGCUUUGGGUACAAUAAGCACAGCUGGAGUUUAGACUGCUCUAUAUCGGAAUACAUCUUCGUGCACGACGACAAGCAAACAGAACUGCCAGUACCUGCGGCUCACAGGAUAGGAGUGUAUCUGGACUACGAGGCUGGAGUGUUGUGUUUCUACAGUGUUUCAGACAGCAUGACACUCCUGCACAGAGUGAAGACAAAGUUCACCCAGCCUCUCUAUGCUGGGUUUGGGGUCUACCAAGGGUCCACGGCAAAUAUAUGUCAACCGAGUGAGGAGCCAAAACAAACAAAAACUAAUGAAAAAGCAAAUACAAAAGUAAAAAAACUUUUUAAAGAGUGACAUCACCCAAAAUGUUUGGCCUAAUCAUCAGCGGAUGAAGAAUUUGAAUCCAGACAAUGCAACAAGCCUUAUGUGGCUGUAAGACCAAGCGAGCAAAACUGGAGUAAGAAGGACAGCUUUCCUUGCACCGUCUCAGAGGGAUGCAAGGUAUUAGUGGUACCUAACAGAGCAUAACGUGAUCUGUAACCACUGUAGCCAUGAAUGGAACUUCCUACCAUUCUAAAACAUUAAUGCCACAUCAACAACUGAGGUGGAACACUUACAGACCCUUACAUUAUCUGCUAAUUAUAUGUUUACAAUUUUGACAUCAGUAUACUGGUACAUUUUGAGGAUAUCUAAAUAUAUUGGGGGUAUUUCGAGCACAUAGUGGAAAUUUGCUGUGCCGAAAUUGGGUGAACUCAAAAGUGAGGAAAUGCUGGGGUACAGGGCAUCCUAAAUAAGAACCUGUAGCCUUUAACACCAGGGAAGCUUUUACACUUGGUUUAAUCCAGAUUAAAUCUGUACUCUGGAUUGGAUCUAGGCAGUUAUGGAAGGGGAUAAUCACAGGUUUGAUUCUCUUUAGUUCUUAAUGUUUUUAAUUUUAUAUGGCAGUGGGAGCUCAGCAGUUAAGGUACUAGAUUAGUAAUCAUAAGGUUGCCAGGUACAAGCCCCACAAUCGCCAAGUUGCCGCUGUUGGACCCCUGAGCAAAGCCCUUAACCCUCAAUUGCUCAAAUUGUAGUCAGUGAUGAUUGUAAGCAGGGCCGGCGCUAGGGGGGGGCUGAGGGGGCAUUGCCCCCCCAAAUUGUGUCUUUGCCCCCCCAAGCAAAGCAGUCCAGAACCGGGGCUAGGGGGGGCUGAGGGGGGCAUUGCCCCCCCAAAUUGUGUCUUUGCCCCCCCAAGCAAAGCAGUCCAGAACCGGGGCUGAUUGUAAGUCACUUUGGAUCUGCUAAAUGCUGCAAAUGUAAAUGUUUGACUAAAUUCAAAUAGUGCAUAUACAGUUUUAGUUCUAGGGAAAAAAAUUAGGAUAAAGUAAUAAGUUCCUGAUACUUCUGGUCUUGACCAAAUACCCCACACAUCUUCUUUGUCCCUGUAAUCAGCAGAUUAUAUAAACACAAACAUCUGUAUGAAUAUAAAUGUAAAAAUUCAAAGACUGCAGACAUUUACAAGUGUAUGCCGACUUCAAUUGUGUACAAAUAAAAUAGAAAAUGAUUUACAAUGAUACAA